GGCGGCGCGCGUAUUAUUACAAUAUAUAUGCAGUUACGCACUUGUAGCUUUAAGCCCGCUGCCGAUCCCGACGCUCACUUCUGUACAAGUCGCUUACCCGCAAUCACGGUCCGUCGCAGCAGUAUUUCGCCCGGAGUUCCCAUCACGAGUAAAUAAUUCAAAAAAAUACAAAAUGGAGUUCAAACAGUUCAAAGAAUUUUCAACAGACAUGAUCGAUUACGUGGGAAAUUAUUUAGAAAACAUUAGAGAUCGGAAAGUAUUGUCAUCGGUAAAACCUGGUUACUUAAGACCACUUUUACCAACUGAGGCGCCUAAUGAUCCCGAAAACUGGAAAGAUGUGAUGUCGGACGUCGAAAAACUGAUUAUGCCAGGGGUUACUCAUUGGCAUUCUCCAAGAUUUCACGCUUAUUUCCCCACUGCAAACAGCUACCCGGCCAUCGUUGCUGACAUACUGAGUGAUUCAAUUGCUUGCAUAGGAUUUUCAUGGAUAUCAAGCCCAGCGUGUACUGAAUUGGAAGUGGUCAUGAUGGAUUGGUUGGCUAAAAUGAUAGGCUUACCAGAAAUUUUCUUAGCCUCUGCUGGCCUGGGAGGAGGUGGAGUAAUUCAGGGCACGGCCAGCGAAGCCACUUUGGUAGCGUUGCUGGGCGCCAAGGCGCGGAUACUGCAGAUCAUGAAACAGUCGGAUCCGACGCUCGUAGACGUGGACGUCGUGCCCAAGCUGGUCGCGUACUCGUCCGAACUGUCCCAUUCGUCCGUGGAGCGCGCUGGCCUGCUGGGCGGCGUGUUGCUCCGCGCCCUGGACACGGACGGUGAGCAUAAACUUCGCGGCGACACGUUGCGUGACGCCAUCGCCAAGGACCGCGCGGACGGUCUGAUCCCGUUCUUCGUGGUGGCGACUCUGGGCACUACCAGCUGCUGUUCGUUUGAUCGCCUGGACGAGAUCGCCGAGGUGGGCAAUGCCGAGAACAUUUGGGUGCACGUGGACGCCGCGUACGCUGGAUCUUCAUUUGUUUGUCCGGAAUAUCGUCAUUAUAUGAAAGGAAUAGAAUUAGUCGAUUCAUUCAAUUUCAAUCCUCAUAAGUGGCUGCAAGUUACUUUUGAUUGUUCAGCAAUGUGGCUAAGAAAUCCAAAUUACGUGAUAAAUGCUUUCAACGUAGAUCCACUUUACUUGAAACACGAACUUGAAGGACAAAUGCCAGAUUAUAGACACUGGCAAAUACCGUUGGGCCGCCGUUUUCGUUCGUUAAAAAUGUGGUUCGUGUUCCGUCUAAUUGGUGUCGCAAACCUCCAAAAGUCCAUCAGAAAAGAUAUAAAUCUUGCACUUGAAUUUGCCAAACGAUUGGAAAAUGACCCUAACUAUGAACUUUUCAAUGAAGUCACUAUGGGAUUGGUGUGCUUCAGAAUUAAGGGAUCCAACGAAAUCAACGAAGCGUUAUUAAAAGAGAUAAACGAACGAGGCAAAGUGUAUAUGGUCCCAUCAAAAGUCAAAGGAACCUUUUUUUUGCGUAUGGCUAUUUGCUCGAGAUACACACAGAUUGAAGAUAUUGACGUGACAUGGAACGAAGUUAACGAAGCCGGUAAAACCGUUUUGAGUAAACAAUAGAAUUCGUCUAUUAAAAAUUAAGAUUAAAGUUAACAGCUAAAAUGAAUUCUGUUCCAUAUUAAACAUUGAACACGAAUGAUUAUUAAAAAUAGUACCGAAAAAUAUAAAAUAAAUAUCAUUAACACUAAUAAUACAAAAUUAAAUAAUUUUACUCUUACUAAGGAAAACAGGAUUUUAUCGCAAUAGAUACUUCAUUAACAAAAUAUUUUAAUCAAUAUUGUUAUUAUACUAUUUUUAAGGUCAUACUAUGACCUAUUACGCAUGUAUCUUAUUUUUCCUUAAAAUGUAAAAACACAUAACUAUUAUUGUGUUAGAAAAUACAAAUUUAAAUUAGGUACCUAUUAUUUAUUUAUUAUAAACAAUAUUAGAUAUUGGUAAAUAUUAUAUUAUCUCAAAAAUAUACUGUAAACUUUUUAGAUUAAUCUAUCCGUUUUACUUUUUAAGCAAUUUCAUACACUAAGAUUGUUAAAUUUAUAUUAUUAUUUAUUUAUUUUAGAGUUAUACGUCAGAUCAAAAAUAUACUAUUGUUACUAAUUAUUAUUAUUAUACCACAUUUAUAAAUUUAGAACGGAAAUAGCUUAAAAAGCAUCCGUACUUAGGCCAUAUAAAUUAUAAUAUGACAGUACAAAAUACUUGUAUUGCUUAUAUACCUAUGUUAAGCGCGUUUGUAAACACUAUAAGUGUUAUAACUUAUGAUAACUAGCUAAUGUUAAUGCUUUAUACUGUAAUUGAAUUAUAUUUUAAGUUUAAUAAUUGCAAUAUAUAUAAAUAUUAGGUAUCCAUUAGAUUAAAUAAUAUAGCAGGUAUAUGUCAUAUGUAUAUGCCUAUAGUUAAAAAUAAUCAAUUAUGUUAUAAUACACAUACACAUAUACAUAUAUAUAUAUAAAUGUAUAUUUAAAUAAUUAAUUAUUUACGAACAUUUUUGUAGUACCUUAUAAGGUAUCGUUAAAAUAUUACGAAAUUUAAUUUAUCAUUAUAAUUAUAUUUAAAGAGCGAAAAAAAUGCACCUACUUCAUUUACUUGGUUAAAAAUCGAUAAUAAUUAAAGAACCUAUUAAUAUUAAGUUUAGGAGAAAAGCUAUACAUUAUUGGCAAUUUAAGUCUAAAGAAAGGUACCAACAACAAAUAUUAGGUACAUAAAAAUAAAUUAUCUCCAAUGACCGUAAAAAAUUAGCUCAUUCCUAUAACAGUGAAUUUAAAAUACAUUUUAAAUUGAUUUUUGUAUGCAAGUAAGGUUUAACAAACAGAUAAAAUUAGUCAUCCUAUCAAAUGAUACACUUUCUCUAGAUACGUAAACGUAAAAUCGAAUAUAACUAUAUAGGUAGGUACAAACAAUUUUUUAUACGUCAAUAGAUCUGGAAAAAAAGUCGUUACUCAUACAAUGUACCUAAUAAAAACCCUAAUAUUGAAGUAUCUUCGUACCACCGAUCUAUAUUAGAAAAGCCAGGUAGCCAAAUGGGUUUCACUUGUCAAGUAUUGGUCGAUUUGGCAAAUUUGCAUAUGUUGUGCAUUAUUGCAAACUGUGCACGCCAGUAUGCCACUUUCAAAUAAUACAUUAAUUAAUUAAUUCUAAGACCACGACAUUAAUACAUUAUACAUAAAGCACCGGUCGUACAGACGACGGGAGAUUAGUAGACCGAAUGUACGCCUCCCGACGUCAAACACACCAGUGCAGUGUUCAUUAUCGAUGACCAGCAUAAGUACUUAUAUCAAGAUGUUGAAUUGUUGACCGACUUGUUAUACUUACGUGGAAAGCUCAUGUAUUAUGCAACGAAUAUUUACCGAAGGCCCAAGAUAAUUUUGUUGGUUGUUGGUGCCUAUAUAAAUAUAACUAGGUAUUAACUUUAAGUCCACAAAGAAUAAUAACAAAAUGCAGCAUGGCGCAUUUUACAUACAAAAACAUAGGUACUUGGAUGAGUGGCGAGAACAUUUGCAUUAAAUUUCUAAACAUUAACUAUCAAAUUUUAAGUUUUUUUAAGUUUAUAUACUGCAAAAUCCUUAUUUUGUAAGUUUUUGUGAUAAUAAUAUAUGCAUACAUGUAUUAUUUUUAAUA